UUUCGGAGUUCCGUCACCAAUUUUCCACUGCGAAUUUCGCUGGGCGGUUCCCCCCUCCAUUUCCUCGCUGAAUCGAGUCCCCUCCAGCUCUUCCUCCCUGAAGGACCCUCGGCCGACUCCCUCUACCGUAUUUCUUCUCUCGUAUCCCCCUCCUCCUCACUCCGUCUCUCCCCUUUUUCUUCUCUCCAGAUUUCCCCUCCAGAUCAUUCAAAAGAAGCCAAUCGUCGCGCCUCAAGCCACCUUCCUCUUAAGCAUCGUACUCACCUCCACUACACUACACUCGCACACGCGACUAGCACUUAAUCACAUCCCCAAGUAAUUGAGUCACAUCUUUACCCUCCCACCUAGGGAGUCUUGGACAACUUUGAUCUUGAAUGAGCAUUGUCAUUACCAUAUCUAUUAUAUCAACCAUUCAGCGCAAUGGCUGUUACCACCAUCGAUAUCAUUCCUAAAACCUCCUCCUCUCCUCUGUCGUCCAACAACCCUUCCAUGAAUAAGCGAUGGCCUCCUCUUGCCGACAAGACCUCCCUUCCCUACAAGCUCACCACCCUGUCGCGGCAGAAAUUGGCUCGCGAGGCCACUGCGCCUGACCCGGAUAUCCGUCGCUGCCUCGGACACUUCCGCCUGCACUGCCGGUCGAUGGAAUGGGCGCAGAAGGACAUGUCUACGCGCAUCAACUCGUUCGAGAUGGAGGACGACGAAUCCGAGGACGAGGAGGACCGGGAGGACGAGAACAAGAAGCUUCCCGACGACCGCAAGGACGAAGACCAGACCACAAUCAAGCCGACUGCUACUGAGCCUGCCGACAAGGCUACCUCCGGAGUGGAGACCACCACAGUCCACGUGAGCUUCCACGUCUCGGCGCCUCCAGCUGCCGACAAAGAGAAGGAGAAGGAGAAGGAAGGCCUCUUGGAGAAGGGCCGCAACUGCUUGGAGAAGACAGUCCAAAGGAAACACUUCUGGCCCUCGCCGGGUCAAUGCCUGCCUGUGCGGAUAGCAGGUUGAUUCUGUCGCAAUCCGACAAACUCUACUCCCCAAUCCCAUCAACAAACACCACUUCACUCUGAAUCUCAUACACCAUCUUCUCUCGAUUACGACGAAACAGAAAAUCUCGAAAAUUCACAAAGCCAUCAAUCUAUUUAAUAUUAAUGACGACGCCACGAAGCAACGAUUUUUCUAUUUCAUUUCACUUGUUACCACCACCAUCUAUUCAUCUAUACAUAUCACCAGCGGAGUUCGAUUUCGAUCAUCAUUUCAUUCUGAACCGUGGACGGGUUCCAUCACUAGCUUGGAGUUGGUGUGCAAAGCUAAUUAAGGUCAAAGGUGUUAAUUGCAAGAAGGAUCGGAGCACAGCGAACUGGGAUGCGGCCAGACAGCACAGCAUAGGGAUAUGGAAUGGGGCCUGUAUUUACAUAUUAUUUCCCAUCAAAAAAGUCAAACCUCUAGAUUAAACAUUACAAACAAACUGAGAAAGAAAUUGCAAAACAUAUCAAAAGAUGUC